AUGAAACGUCAAAAUAUUCGUACGCUAUCGUUAAUUGUUUGUACAUUAACAUAUUUAGUAAUUGGUGCGGCUGUUUUUGAUGCAUUAGAAUCUGAUAACGAAAUGCAACAGAGAGCAUUGGUAUCAAAAGUGAAGAGAAGUUUAAUUGAUAAGUAUAAUAUCAGUAAUGCUGAUUAUGGUGUAUUAGAAGCAAUUAUUAUGAGAUCAAUACCUCAUCGUGCUGGUCAUCAAUGGAAAUUUAGUGGUGCAUUUUAUUUUGCUACCACUGUUAUCACUACUAUUGGUUAUGGACACAGUACACCAUCAACAACUGGUGGUAAAACAUUUUGCAUGUUUUAUGCGUUAGCUGGUAUUCCUCUAGGACUUGUUAUGUUUCAAAGUAUCGGUGAAAG